UUCUCUCAGGCUGCAUGAAGGGAGCUGAAUCAGAAUGGUGGUUUUCAGAAUGGGAGAUCAUGUGUGGUUGGAGCCUUCCGCUUCAAACAAGCUAACCGUCCCUAUCGGAGCAGUAGUGAAGGACACCAAACCUGGGAAGCUCUUGGUGGAGGAUGAUGAGGGAAAGGAACACUGGAUCGACGUCCGCAAUCUCAACACCCUCCGUCCAAUGCACCCCACCUCCAUCCGGGGAGUGGAAGACAUGAUCCUCCUGGGGGACCUGAACGAAGCAGGAAUGGUUCACAAUCUGCUCAUUCGCCAUCAGGAGUACAAAAUUUACACCUACACAGGCUCCAUCUUGGUAGCAGUGAACCCCUAUCAGGUGUUGCCACUCUACUCUCUGGACCAGAUCCAGUUGUAUUAUGACAAGCGGGUUGGGGAAUUACCACCCCAUAUCUUUGCCAUCGCAAACAACUGCUACUUCAACAUGAAGAAGAAUAAGAAAGACCAGUGUUGUGUCAUCAGCGGAGAGUCAGGAGCGGGGAAGACUGAGACCACCAAACUGAUCCUGCAGUUUUUAGCUGCUGUCAGUGGCCAGCAUUCCUGGAUUGAACAGCAGAUUCUAGAGGCUAAUCCCAUCCUGGAAGCCUUUGGAAAUGCCAAAACCAUUCGAAACGACAACUCGAGCCGCUUUGGAAAAUACAUCGAAAUCCACUUCAACCGGAGCGGGGUGAUCGAAGGAGCCCAGAUUGAGCAGUUUCUCCUGGAGAAAUCCCGCGUCUGCCGACAGGCGCCUGACGAGAGGAAUUAUCACAUCUUUUACUGCAUGUUAAUGGGAAUGAAUACAGAACAAAAGAAGAUGCUGAAUUUGGGGACUGCUUCAGAGUACCACUACCUCACCAUGGGGAAUUGUACUUCCUGUGAUGGGCGGGAUGAUGCCAAGGAGUAUGCUCAUAUUUCUUCUGCUAUGAAGAUCCUCAAGUUCUCCCCUUCUGAGAACUGGGACAUUAACAAGUUGUUGGCAGCCAUUUUACAUCUGGGGAAUGUGGAGUUCACAGCUGCCGUGUUCGAGAACCUGGACUGCUCUGAUGUGUUGGAUUCCCCACACUUUCCCGUCGUGACCAAAUUACUCGAGGUGGAACACAAAGCACUCCAGAACUGCUUGACGUACCACUCCAACUUUAUCCGAGGAGAAAGCGUUUCAAGGCCUCUGAACGUCUUUCAAGCCGUUGACCGACGAGAUGCCUUUGUCAAGGGAAUUUAUGGACACCUCUUCUUGUGGAUUGUCAGUAGGAUCAAUGCAGCAAUUUUCAAGUUCCAGGAUCCCAAAAAUAUGCGCAGGUCCAUUGGAUUACUAGAUAUUUUUGGCUUUGAAAACUUCCAAACCAACAGUUUUGAGCAGCUCUGCAUCAACCUGGCCAAUGAACAUCUGCAGCAGUUCUUUGUCCACCACGUUUUCAUGCUGGAGCAGGAAGAAUAUCAAACCGAGAAUAUUACCUGGGAUUACAUUGACUUCAAUGACAACCGGCUGACCCUGGAUGUAAUUGCUGUCAAACCCAUGAAUAUCUUCUCCCUGAUUGACGAAGAAAGUAAAUUCCCCCAGGGAACAGACUCCACCAUGCUGAGCAAAUUCAACAUCCUCCACAAACAGAGCACAGUCUAUAUUCCGCCCAAGAACAUCCAUGACACCCAUUUUGGGAUCAGUCAUUUUGCGGGAGUGGUUUUUUACCAGUCAGAAGGUUUUCUGGAGAAGAAUCGUGAUAUGCUUGGGGCUGACAUCCUCAAGCUGUUUCACUCGUCUAAAAAUAAGUUCCUGAAGGAAAUCUUCCAUCUGGAAAAAUCCCCGACUAUGCUAGGCGGUGGAACUAUUCACCUCAACAGAAUCUGUCACAACCUCAAGGGCACUGAUGCCGCCAAACGCCCCUCUACUUUAGGGGGACAGUUCAAGCAGUCCCUGGAUCAGCUGAUGAAAAUUCUAGCCAGCUGCGAACCCUACUUCAUCCGCUGCAUCAAACCCAAUGAGUUCAAGAAGCCUCUGCUAUUUGAUCGAGACCUGUGUAUCCAGCAGUUGCGUUAUUCCGGAAUGAUGGAGACGGUGAGGAUCAGGAAAGCUGGGUACCCUAUCCGCUAUACUUUUGAAGAGUUCAAUAAGAGGUACAACUUUCUGCUGCCUGGAUCCUCUGGACAGGAAUAUCCCCGCCAGAACACUUUGCGCAUCUCAAAAGUCUUGCUGGGAAAUGACCAAGACUGGAAAAUGGGGAAAACCAAGAUUUUCCUCAAAAACGAACAUGACACUCUGCUGGAGAACCAGCGAAGCAAAAUUAUUGAAAGCAAGGCCGUCCUUAUCCAAAAAGUUCUGCGAGGAUACAAGUACAGGAAGGAGUUUCUGAGACAGAAGCAGGCAACAGUGACGCUUCAGGCAGCAUGGAGGGGUUAUUCCUGCAGGAAGAAUUUCAAACAGGUCAUUUUGGGCUUUGAACGCCUGCAAGCCCUUAUCCACAGCCGACAACUAGCCCAGCAGUAUAAGGCCACCCGUGCCAAUAUCAUCCGGUUCCAAGCCCUCUGCCGGGGCUACCUGAUGCGCCAGAAGAUUGCGCAGAAGAGGAAAGCCGUGUGUGUACUCCAAGCCCACAUAAGGGGCAUGUAUGCUCGUCGGCAUUUUCAGCAGAGGAAGAAAGAGAAGAAUCUGGGUACCCUGGAGAAAGAAGAGGGGAAUCAGAAGAAACAAGAUCCCCUCUCCAACAAGCAAAAAUCCAUCUACGAUGCCAUCAGCGAUACCGAAAUGGUUGAAAAGGUGUUUGGAUUUCUACCCAAAAUAAUAGGAGGCCAAGAAGGAGAGGCACCUAAGGGAUUUGAGGAUCUGGAAAGCCCAACGCAGGAGGUGGAUGAGGUGGACCUGGAUUUGAUUCCCAUGUCGGCGGAUCUUAACGAGGAAGUUGACGAUUUGGCCGAGUUCACUUUUCCCAAAUUUGCUGCCACCUACUUUCAGAAAUCCGCCACCCACACACACAUCCGCCGAAGUCUCCGAUACCCACUGCUCUACCAUGAAGAGGACAGCGAGAUCUUGGCCUCUCUAGCCGUGUGGACCGUGAUCCUGCGAUUCAUGGGAGAAUUUCCGGAACCAUUGCUCUAUGCUAAAAAUAAUUCCCUCAGGGGCAGUUCGGUGAUGACACAGAUCUAUGACACCCUGGGCAAGAAGAGCAAUGCCUGGUUUGGGAGUGGCGGGAGCCUAGAUCGGAAUGCCAGUCAGAGAGAUAAAGGCUUUAAAGAGAUUUCUUCAAUGAAGCUGAAGCGAUCAUCCAAGUUGACGGAACAGGUGACAAGCCAGCUGAGCAGCGGGGAGGAGCCUUUUGAGACGGACAGCUCCAUCUCCGACAGACCCAUGUCCAACCUGGAAAAACUUCACUUCAUUAUCGGCAACGCAAUUCUGCGGCCCGGCAUCAGGGAUGAAAUUUACUGCCAAAUUUGCAAGCAGUUGUCCGAAAACUACAACAAGAACAGUCACGCGCGUGGUUGGAUUCUACUCUCUCUCUGUUUGGGCUGUUUCCCGCCUUCAGAUAAGUUCGUGAAGUACUUGCUAAACUUCCUCAGCAAGGGACCCUCGGCCUACGGCCCCUACUGCGCCGAGCGGCUGAAACGGACCUUCACCAACGGAGUGCGCGGUGAGCCUCCAAGCUGGCUGGAACUCCAGGCAAUCAAGACAAAGCAUCCCAUCAUGUUCAACGUCACCCUGGUGAAUGGCCAGAGCAUCACUGUUAAGGCAGAUUCUGCCUCUUCCUCCAAAGAGAUCUGCCAGUACAUCGCUGAGAAGCAGAAACUGAAGGAUCAGUUUGGUUUUUCCCUCUACGUGGCCAUUUUUGACAAGUGCUGGUCCCUGGGGAGCGGCCAGGAUCAUGUGAUGGACGCCAUCUCCCAGUGCGAGCAGCUCGCUAAGGAGAAAGGCAGUCACGAGCGCCAGGCCCCCUGGCGCUUCUACUUCAGGAAGGAGAUCUUCACGCCGUGGCACGACUCCAGAGAAGAUGCCGUCAGCACCGAGCUCAUUUACCAACAGAUCAUCCGGGGCAUCCGGUUCGGGGAAUACUGCUGCGAAAAGGAGGAAGGUUUGGUGGAGAUAGCAGCCAAACAUUGCUAUAUUCAGUUUGGGCACUCUAUCAAGAAUGAGCAAGUCCAGAAAAUGCUCCCAGACUGCAUCCCCGCAAAACUGCUCCGGACAAAACCACCUGAGAAGUGGGUGAGCCUCAUUACUUCUGCCCACGCUAAGGCUCCGUACACCCAAGAACGUGCCUCCAGUCUGAGCGUGAAGGAACAGUUGGUGGAUUUGGCUCGGUUUCAGUGGCCUUUGCUAUUUUCCAGGUUUUUUGAAGCCACCAGAUUUUCAGGACCCAGCCUGCCCAAGAACAACAUAAUAGUGGCUAUAAAUUGGAAAGGCCUCUGCUUCCUGGAUGAGUCUGAGAAGAAACUUCUGGAUCUCUCCUUCCCAGAAAUCACAGGGAUAUUAACUAACAGGGCAACCAAGACGUUUGGGCAGAGCUUCACUCUCCACACGCUCCAGGGAGAGGAGUACGUCCUGACCUCGGUCCACAGCGUGGUCAUCGCCGAACUGGUGGCCAAGUUCCUGGAAGGCCUGAAGAUGAGGUCGAUUUACGCCGUGGCAGUGAAGGACAGGAAACAGACAGAUGACAUCACCCUUCUGGCCUGCAAGAAAGGAGACUUGUUGAUCCUGAAUAAUGACCGGAAGAUAGUGGCCACUAAAGACUGGAUCAGCGCUCAGAAUGAGAGGACAGGCAAAAGUGGAGCUGUGCCUCUAGAUGCCAUUUAUGUCAUCCCCACCGUCCUGAAGCCAUCUUCCCAGAUGCUGAAUUUAUUGGCCGUGUCACCAGAGCAGCGAAAGUUGAUGAGGCAAAAUCCCCACCAAGAGGAGCCUCAGGAAGAAGAAUCGCAAGUGAAGCCCUUCACCCUGGAGGAAUUCGCCUACGAAUUUUUCAGGGCACCUGAGAAGGAGACAAUCAGCAAAGCCAUCUUAACUAAGGCAAGGGGGAAGAGUUACCUGUGGGCCUACACCCGGGAGCCUCUCAAUCAGCCUUUGCUGAAGAAAGUUCAUGCCACAGCAGAACUGAGGGACCCUGCCUGCCAGGGCUUCAUUGCCAUCAUGAAGUACAUGGGAGACUAUCCCUCGAGCCAGGCCCGAUCCCCAGUGGAGCUCACCGACCAGAUUUUCACAGCCGCCAUCUAUGAAGAUGCCUUGAGAGACGAAAUCUACUGCCAGAUCCUGAAGCAGCUGACAGAGAACUCCAACAGUUACAGCGUGGAGCGCGGCUGGCAGUUGCUCUGGCUCUGCACUGGGCUCUUCCCACCCAGUAAGUCUCUGCUGAAACCGGUCCAGAAGUUCAUCGACACCCGGCGCAAAACGCUCCUGGCCCCGGAGUGCGGCCGCAGAAUUCAGAAGGUGAUGAGGGCUGGCCCCCGAAAAUGGCCUCCCCACCACAUGGAAGUGGAGGCUAUCCAGAGGAAUGCCACCAAAUUCUCCCACAAGGUCUUCUUUCCAAAUGGCACAGAGGAGUCUUUUGAAGUGGGAACGAACACCAAAGUGCGGGACCUGUGCCAGAACAUCAGUGUCAAACUGCAGCUGAGCUCCUGGGAUGGCUGCAGCUUGUUUGUCAAGAUUUCCGACAAGGUCAUCAGUCAGAAUGAAGCCGAUUUCUUCUUUGACUCCCUGAGGCAGGUCUCUGACUGGACGCGGAAAAACAAACCCGUGAAGGAUGGGGCAUCGCUGAACUUGUCAUAUACCGUGCACUUCAUGAGGAAACUCUGGCUGAACGUGACUCCUGGGAAAGACCUGAAUGCUGACACUAUCCUCCAUUAUUACCAGGAGCUGCCGAAGUACCUGAGGGGAUUUCACAAGUGCUCGCCGGACGAUGCCAUCCAACUCGCCGGGCUGAUUUACAAAGUCAAAUUCGACGUCGACAACUCUCAGCAAGCCACCAUUCCCAAAAUGCUGAAGGACCUAGUGCCGGAGAACUUGAUCCGCCUGAUGGCUGCCGAGGAAUGGAAAAAGAAUAUUAUUCUCGCCUACAACAAAUAUGCAGGGAAGACUGUGAAUGAAGCCAAAAUUGCCUUCCUGAAGUACAUUUCCCAUUGGCCAACAUUUGGGUCAGCCUUCUUUGAGGUGAAGCAAACGUCAGAGCCCAAUUACCCUGAGAUUAUACAGAUUGCCAUCAAUAAGCAUGGAGUCUUGCUGAUCCACCCAAAGAGUAAGGAACUCCUAAACACCUACCCCUUCAAUAAAAUCUCCAGCUGGAGCAGCGGCAGCACCUAUUUCCACAUGAUGAUCGGAAACCUGGUGCGGGGAAGCCGGCUAUUGUGCGAGACCUCUCUGGGUUACAAAAUGGAUGACCUACUGACAUCGUACGUUCAACUCCUGAUGAAUGCAGUGAAUAAGCAGAAAAAUUUUCAUACUCCCCUCUGAGGCCGAACAGAGUCCUUGAUCGAGGAACUCACCUCCAUUUCCCAUCGUGCCAAACAGCUAUUUUCAGGUUUCCAGUGGUCCUUUGCUAACUCUUUUGGCUAGCUUGUGGCAGCACAGGCUGCAGUCAUCAGGGGAAACAAAAAUGAGCUUCCGUGCCCGGGCCACCCACCUCUGUCCGCUAUGGAUUCCCCCUUGGGCAAGGUUUUCCAAACCUCAACUUGAGGCUCAGGACAGUGCGAAUCCUCAAACUUCUGAAACUGAACCCAGUGUGGAAAACAAAGCAGAGGAGUUAUCCCAUUUCUGUGCUCGUAAAAAGAAAAGCGUUUUACUUCAUUUCCCCUUGGAAGUCAAGCCAGCCAGUUACUGCCUUCACAGCAAGAUGGCCUGAAGCACUGGGAAAAAGCCAGACAGCAAGCCAGCAGGUGAACCAUCACCAAGAGAGAGGAAAAACCUUGUAAAAAAAACCCAAAACCCAAAAAACCCACAAAACCUGAUGUCGUAUACUUCAAUUCCCCUCCAUCACCAGCCUCCAGAAUGUCUCAGCCACAGAUUUGGAUCUACAGGCCCUCGGGUUGGGGUCUGAAAAUCCCUUCCCUCCCUUCUUCCCGGUGUCUAGGAUUCUUCAAAUCCAAACACCUGGAUUACUUAAUCCCAUUGCUUCUCUUUCUCUUUGAUCCACCCAGACAUCUUGUUUAGCUGGGGACCAUUUGGUUGGGAGUUUACCCAGCCUGCGGUUCCUCCUCCCAAAGCUUUUUCUUUUUCUAAGACUACACAGUCUAAAAGCAGCGUGGCU